AUGGCGUCAAAGGCAUCACCUGCCCAGAAUGGCAGUGCACCUGGGCACGAGACAUUCCUCUCGAGUCCUGUGGUGCAGGAGUGCGGGGAGGGCAGCGCCAGCAUCGAAAAAGGCGGCGCACCAGGGGGGGCGGGCGACCUGCUGACUCUUGAGCGGCGUGACGAGCAGCGACACCUCGCCAACCGCAGAGGCCUGACCGGACCCAGCGGCAACGAGGAGGCGGGAGCAGCGGGGGCAGAGGGUGCGUCGUGCUGCCGCGCUCCGCACCUGGGCACAGUGGCCAUCACCCCGGCCAGUGAGGCCCACGGAGGCCUCGGGGCACUGAUUACCGAGGCUGCGGCUCCAGAGAGGCAGCCAGGCAAGCCCGAGCGGGAGCGCAAGGGGCCCGCCCUCCCAGCAGGCCUCCUCGGUGCCGCCGCCGCGCCCGCGGCGCCGGAGCGCGAGGCGGGCGCCGCGCGGCCCGCGCCGGUGCAGAACGUCGUGUCGCAGUCGGCGAAGACGUACACGGGCGAGGAGGUCACGGUGAACCCGCUCGCAGCGCUGGGGCCGCCCAAGCCGAAAGCGGCCGCGGCGGCGCCCUCGGACAAGCCGCGGCCCACCGGCCUCGAGGCGCUGGCCGCCGGCGACCCCGCGCUGGCGGGCAUCUCCGCGCCCCCCGCGGCACCGCAGCGGCCAGAGCCGCAGGCGGAGGAGCAGGCCAGCCCCGCCCGGAGGGAGGAGGCGCUGCGGGCGACGAUCGUGAGCUCGUCCAAGCAGAACGAUACCACUUUCUACCACAUCAAGCUGUCCGACCCUGGAGACCCCAGGAGACGGACCUUCCAGAAGAGAUACAACGACUUCAAGACCUUCGACAAGACCGUGAGGGACAGGAACCCGGGCUUGGACCAGGUGCUGCCCCAGCUCCCCGAGUCGGGCACGUUCGGCGUGCGGCACAAGCUGGGGCUGGACGACUUCGAGCGGAGGCGGCAGGACGGUCUACAGAG